UUCCUCGUUUAUUCUUUUCUGCUCUUUGCCUUUGGUGAUCAAAUCAAAUCCAGCACCUCUUGAUUAGUGCAUCGAAUAGAAUGGUCGAGAUGAAAUUUCUCGGAAUGGAUUUUAGCUGUGCGUUGGGAUCACUGAGCAGAGGUGAUUUUCCAGAAAAGGACUGUUUGCUUCCGUUGAUAUCAAAGCUUCUUGGUUACUGCAUCGUCGCCGCCUCCACCACUGUCAAACUCCCUCAGAUACUAAAAAUUUUGAAACACAAAAGCAUCAGGGGACUAAGUGUUGUGGCCUUUGAACUUGAGGUGGUUGGUUAUACCAUUGCUUUGGCAUACUGUCUGCACAAAGGGCUUCCAUUUUCAGCAUAUGGGGAGUUGGCAUUCCUUCUGAUCCAAGCCAUAAUUCUAGUUGCAAUCAUCUACUACUUUUCUCAACCUAUGGGAACCUGGACGUGGAUGAGGGCAUUAAUAUACUGUGGUGUAGCACCUACUAUCUUAGCCGGUCAAAUCGAUCCCCUUCUUUUUGAAGCUCUAUAUGCAUCACAACAUGCAAUUUUUUUCUUUGCAAGGGUUCCACAGAUUUGGGAAAACUUUAAGAAUAAAAGUACCGGGGAGCUCAGCUUUUUGACCUCGUUAAUGAAUUUUGCAGGUUCCAUGGUGAGAGUUUUUACCAGCAUGCAGGAAAAGGCCCCAAUGAGUGUCAUUCUGGGCUCUGUGAUUGGAAUCAUGACAAAUGGUACAAUCUUAAGUCAAAUAAUCUUAUACCGAAAGCCACCUGGAAAGAAAGAAAAGAAAGCAGACUAAAGAACUGAGAUUAAGUCCUUGGAAAUUUUGAUAAAUUUCGAAGUCAAGUUCGUUUGCAGGGUUUUACUGGUGCGAGGAGGCAAAUAACAUCUUAAUCCAGAUCAAGAUUGUAGCCACAUGAUUUGGCAUCCUCCACUGGUUAAAACCAAUUGUUUCUUUCGCAGUCGAAAAUCAGUUCUUUAUUCACAGGUUUUAGAUACUUUUUACUUAAGCAUACAUUAUUAAUUUAUUGUUGAGAGAUUCUUUACACCAAAGAUGCUGAUUUCUAGAUGUAAGAAAUAUGUUUCUCAUACAGUAUAAUGAUUUUCUAUUACGUUGUGGUAUGAAGAAUAAAAUGUUAUGGAAUCAUGUAUCAUUCAGAAAA